CGGGAAUUUGUGUUUGCAAAAUUUGGUGAAGUAUUAUUUGUUAUUAAAUUCAUGUACCUCAUUAUUAGGAAAUAUGACACUUGAAGAUCUUGCUGAAGCUGAUAUUCUUGCAACGUGCAAUGCAUUGGGAGUUGAAAUUAAUGGUGCUUAUGAGAAAGGUUCAGACACCGUAGAGUGUUUAAAAGAUUUGUUGCGAUAUCUUCGAAAGGAUGAUGAUAAUUUUUCCAUUUUACGAUAUCUUGGAUCUCUUCAUUUAUUGCAAACCGAUCUUUUGCCACUAAUAAAGCGUUAUAAUCAUAAUAGUGAAAUUUUUAAUUUUACUCUCAGACUCCUAGUGACUCUUACUAGUCCGGCAAUUUUGUUGUUUCAAGAUGAACUUCCUGAAGAUAAACUUACAUGGAACGUAUAUUUACAAUUAAUUUCUUAUCUUCAGGAGUAUAAAAGAGCUUUUCUAGAUGUAAAAGUCUGGGAAGCUCUGUCAGAGAAUUUAAAAGAGCUUUUAAAACAAAGGCCAAUUGAACGUAAUGAGGAAGAAAAUUUAACUAUAGAAAGGAUUUUAAUCGUUAUUCGUAAUAUUCUUCAUAUUCCACCAGAUGAAAAAUCAUUAAUUCGAACAGAUGAUGAUAUCAAUUUGCAUGACAAAAUUUUAGACAAUUUGCAUGAGUCAAAAAUUAAUUUUUUUCUUUUAUAUUUAGCUGCAAAUGAAGAUGAAUAUGAAUACUGUUUACAUGUAUUAGAAAUUAUUUCUUUGAUGUUUCGUGAACAUACAGCUGAAGUCCUUGCUACUGCUAAUGAACAGCGUUCAGCAGAAGAGAAAGAAAAGGAUCUGAAGACCUUGCUUGCCGCUCGUCAAAGGGAGCAAAAUAUCAAGUUAAAAAAAAUACAAGCAUUGUGUGUUUCAAGAUUUUCUGGUGUUUAUCAUGUGAAACAUAUGAAAUCCUUGAGUGAAAAUGAUUACAUAUCACAUAAAUUAAUAAAUAAUGUAAAUGAUGUGAAGUUUGAUAUUCAGAAAAAUGCCAAAAGAAAACCAAAGAAUAGACUGCCUGCUAAAGAUUUCACUGAAACGAGACGUUCCACAUUACGAAUUAGAUUACUCCUCAAGAACUUUUGCAUUGAAUUUUUAAAGACUUAUAAUAAAUUAAUGGAAGCUGUAAAGCGCAGGUUAUUUCGUCAAAAUGCAGAUGAAAAUGAUGAUUCUUUCUAUUUAUGGGCAAUACGUUAUUUUAUGGAAUUUAAUCGCCGUUAUGAUUUUCAGCCAGCUUUUGUUAGUGAAACCAUCUCAAUGCAAAUAUUUCAUCAUAUUCAAACUCAGAUUACUAAUUAUCAAGAGAUGAUGUUAUCAGAUAAAAAAAAGACUAAUAUAUGGUCUAAACGAAUGCAGCUAGGAGUAAGUGCAUAUAAGGAAUUACUCGAAACACUCCGAAUGAUGGAAAGAUCCCAUGAUGCAGCUAUUAAGCAUAAUGCUGAUAUUAUAAUCAGUAGAGUAUUUUAUGUUAUUGAAUAUCGAGAAAUGCUUCUGUCACUACUCUCUCAUUAUGAUGAAGUUAAAUUUCCUUUAUCAUAUUUGUCAGAACUAGUUGAAAGUGCACAUCUUUUUUUAAAAAUGCUAGAAAAUCAUUCAAAAAGGCAUUCAGCAAUAAUUGUUCAAAAGAAAAAACGAAAGGUAAAAAGGAGGAAAAAAACUAAGACUAAUGCCCCAUUAGAAUCAAAAAAUACAGAAGAACAUUUACAUAAAGAGUGGGAUAGUGUUGCCAGUGAUCUGUCGGCAGCUGUUCAAGGUAGACGAAAAAUUCCCACAGAUAUAACUCCUUUUGAUGGAGCAUCGGAAACAACUUUUGAAGAACAAAAAGAAGAAGCCGUUUAUAAAAUUCGAGAUGCUCUUGUUUCAAAAGAAGUUGAAAAUGCUGUGGGUUUACUAAGAGCUGCUAGAGAACUUUGGCCUGAAGGAAACUGUUUUGGUGCACCAGAAAUUGAUUCAGAAGAUGAGUUUCUUGUGCUAAGAGAAAUAUUUUUAUCAAAUCUUGAAAGGAAUGGGAGUGAAAAAAAUGGUGAGCAACCUGAAGAGUCAGACAGAGAUGAAGAAGAGGCAGAAGAAGAAUCUACUCAAAGAAUAGCAGAACAACCAUUAGACUUGAAUGAUGUUUAUAAAAAAUAUACCUCACCAAAAAUUGUGCAAGCUUGUUGUUUAUUGUUAGCCAAUUACCAAAAAAACACCACUCAGACCAAUAUAUGUCUUAUUAAACUUCUUCAUCGUAUUGCUUGGAACUGUAAAAUGCAUGCUGUUUUUUUUCAAGCUACAGUAUUCGUGACUUUUCAGAAGAUAUUCAAUGAUCCAGAUUCUAAUCAAGAUCCCAUUAUUAAAGAAUUUUAUCGUUUUGCUAAAUAUAUUGUGAGAAAAUUUUUUGAAGUAGCUGCAAAAAAUAAUAAGAUUUUUGUAGAAAUGUUGUUCUGGAAAGGUCCCAGAGAAGCAUAUGAAUUAGAAGAAGGAUAUGGUACAGGAAGUAGUUUUGCUUCAAAAUCAGCUUGGACAGAAGAUGAAGAGGAAGAAUUAAGGUAUCUCUAUGAAGAAAACAAGAAUAUUCAUAUUGAAGGUCAAGAUGUUGCAGAUAUUAUUCUUGCAUCUAUGGGUAAAAAAAGAACCAAAAUUCAAAUUAUUUUGCAACUGAAGAGGUUAGGUCUUAUACAAAGUGCUAAAGAUUUGAAACCUCAUCUCAGAAAAGAAUGGCAAGAAGCUGAAAUAAUAGAACUCCAGCACCUGUUUGAAGAUCACAAGGGUUCAAAUGAUGUAAUGGGCAAACUUUUAAAUAACCUUUCCAUAAAACGGUCACGAAAAGCUGUUGUUGAAAAGUUGCUAGAGUUAAAUCUAAUUCAAGAUCGUAAAGAAGUUUUGAAAAAAAGAUCUAAAAAGCACAGGAAUGGAAGACAAAGUGAUUCUGACUCAAAUUCAGGUGAAGAGGGUAAUGAUGAUUCUUUUAUAAAUGAUGAUGAACCAGAAGUUGAUAAUGAAAGAAAUAAGAAACAGAGAAAUAAAGCUAAUAUUGAUUCUGAAUCAGAUGAUGGUGAGAGUGAAUUGAAUUUCUUCAACAUGUUGAGGGCAGAACGUAGAGAAAAUGAUGAUAACAAUGUACUAGAAGUAUGGGAUGAACAAGAAAUAAUUGAACUGCAUAGAUUAUAUGAAGAGAAUGCAGAUACUGAAUAUACUGUUGAUAAUAUUUUAAGUGCUAUGAUAUCGAAACGAUCUAAACAAAGUGUUGUAAAAAAGUUAACUGAAUUAGGAUUAAUAAAAGGUAAGAAGAAAAUUGAAAAAAAGAAGUUAGACACCAAUGAUCAGAAUCAAGAUAUGAUAUCCUUUGAGAAUUUAGGAGUUGAAAAUGAGCAUUGUAGUACUGAUUCAAAUGCUGUUGAGGAUACUGAUGAACUUUUACCAAUUAGAACUUGGAAAACAAAACAACGAAUAAUGUCAGAUUCUUCUUCUGAUGAAGAUGAUAGUGUUCCUCCUCGUAAAAAUUCUGAUUUGCGAAUGAAAAAACAAAAAAGUUCUGUUCAGCUAAAUGCUGAUAAAAAGAACAAAAAUAAAAGGCCAUCUAAAGUAUGGGAUGAAAAAGAAAUAAUUGAACUGCAUAAACUGUUUCAAGAAAAUACAGGUUCUGAAGAUAUUAUGGGCAAUAUUUUAAAUGCCAUGACUGUGAAACGACCAAAACUAAGUGUUAUAGAAAAACUAAUAGAAAUAGGACUAAUAAAAGAUAAAAAGGAAGUUAGAAAAAAAAGAAAAACAAAACUGGAAGGCAAUAGUAAAAGUAAAAAAUCUGUUACUUCAACUUCACAGAUCGAAAAUUGCAAUGAUGAGCAUUCGGCUUCUAAUUUUUUAUCUGAAUUGCAGAACGCAGAUGAAGUUUCACAAAUUAAAAAGGUUCGAAAGCAGCAAAUGGUGUCAGAUUCAUCUGAUGAUGAAAGUUUGCCAUUAAGUAAAGCACAUAGUUUAUCUAAGCAGAAACCUAGAAAAAAAGCUGUAAUUAAAGCAUGGGAUGAACAAGAUAUUGUACUCUUGCAUCAUUUAUUCCAGGAAAAGCAAAAUUCGAAAGAUAUGAUAGGAGAAAUCUUGAACAAUUUAACAGUAAAAAGAUCUAGAUCAAGCAUUAUAGAAAAGCUACUAGAAAUGCAAUUGAUAAAAGAUAAAAAAGAGGUCAGAAAGCAACGGGAAUCUAAAGAGUCUUCUAGUAAGGAGAAGAAAAAGGACUACAGAUCAGCUGCAAAAAGUAAAGUAAAUGAAAAAAAGGGUGCGAAACCCCAGAGUUUGAAAAGCGUGUCCUCGGAGUCAUCAGAAGAUGAAAGUCUGCCAUUAAGUCUUAUUAUUUCAAGUUCAUCUUCCGAGAUACAGAAAACUUUACAAUCUAAUGAAAUUAAUCUUGAAAAAGAAGAGAAUUCAGAUAGCAAUAACAUAAAACUGGAUUUAAUUCAAGAAAAUGGUUUUAUUUCAUCUUUGGCCCAUGUUUUAAAAUCCGAUUCUGACAAAACACGGAUGAAUGCUGUCAUUAAUCAAUCAUUUAUUGAAGAGCCUGCUGCAUCUGUUAAUUUAGAAAAUAAUGAUAAUGUUUAUGAAUCGGAGGAUGAUGAGGUGGUGCUUUCUAAAAGAAAAAGACCAAGAAUUGAAGAUAGUGAUGAAUCAGAUGAUAAAUUUACUGCAACCAAGCCUAUUAGUGCAUCUGCAGUUAAUAUAACUGAGUUAGAGAAUCCAAUAAUAAAUGAUUUACAAGAUGGUGAGAAUGCAACAAAUUUCAAACCAAAACGAAAGCGACUUCAAGUAUUGGUAGAUAGUGAUGAUUCUGAAUAAUUUUCAUUUUAUUUUGAAGCAUUAAGCUACUCAUUUUUACAUUUAUAUCAGAAGCUUAUCUCUCAUAUUGUAGAAUUUCACUAGCUCAUUAAAGCACAUUUAUUUUAGAUGCAAUUUGUAAUGAAUGGAUCUCUAUGGAAGUCUUUUAUGUUUGUAUAUAUUUUGUUAUAUGAGAAUUUAAUUCUGAUAGCCUUUAAUUUCAUAAUAAUUGUUUAAUAAUAGAAGUAAUAUUAAUAGGAAAUCGUCGAUGAACCGCGAGCUUGGCGAGUAAAAAUGCAACGGCGCCAACGGGUUCUCUGCGGAUGAAAACCCUAUUAAUAUUAUGUAUGUAAAUAAUGUGAUAUAAUUCAAGAUUUGAAAUUAAAUAGGAAUGGUUAAAUUAUGUUAAAAUAUACGGAAGCACUUCCGCAGAGAACCCGGUAAAUGUAAACAUCCCCAACUUUGGCGAUAAUAGUUCAAACCUGGUAACCCAUCGGAUAUAUCCUAUUCCCUUGUUCGAAGUAUGCAACCACUCCUUUUGCGUUUAUUUUGUUGAAUUAUCACUGUCUUUGUUCACAUUUGC